AUGUACAGAACUGUGACUGUUUUCACUGUUUUGAAAAAAAACUUUGCGCCUUCCCUGACCCACCUGGUCAAGUUGGAUCUGUCGAAGAAUCAGCUGACCGCGUUGCCUGACAAUUUCGGCCUGCUGUGUAACCUGAAACACCUCGACCUGGAGAACAACCGAAUCACGGCGCUUCCUCUCUCCUUCGGCAAGCUGAAGCACCUGCGUUGGCUCGAUUUGAAGAACAACCCGUUGCUGCCCAAACUGGCAGAACUGGCCGGACCUUGCAAUGAUAGUGCGCAGUGCAGCGCUGCUGCCAAGAGUGUGGUGCAGAUGUUGGCCCUGAUGCAGGAUCAGGUCGAGGUGGAGAAGAAGAGGCGACUGGAGGAGAUGAAGUUGGAGGAAGAAGAAAAGAAGGCAUUGGCGGCCAAGGAGCAACAAGAACAGAGUCAGGCAAAGAAGCGGAACAAGAAGAAGAAGAAACAGGACAGAAUUAUAGAAUACGAGAACGGUUCUGCCGUGACAGAAGAUUCCGACAAGUGCCUAUUAGAGGGGGAUGAGCAGGAAGAUGUACCUGCUGAUGAUUCCAAAGACUCAAAACUCACUCAAAAAUCGUCCAGUAGAACUUGCUCAUCCAUCAAAUUCCUGUUCACCUCAAUCGUGAUUUUUGCCUGCAUAAUGUUCUUCCUGUUGUUCAUACUGCACCUGCUCGACGAGGAGACGUACAGCAUUGUCAUCAAAGAGCUGACCAAACGCUAUCGAAAGGUCGCCGGCUACUUUCCGAAACCAUGGUCGAAAAAGUUGAACCGCUACUACCUGAUGACCUUGAGGUACGGCACAAAGUUGUCGAAACAAGGCGUUGAGAUGGCGAUACGUGGCUUCGAACAGGUGCAAGACUUCCAGGUUUGGCUCAACUCUGACGAAACCGUUCAGUCCUACUUUGAUAUGGUGAGGAGCUGGUGGCAAAUGGUCUACAUCAAAGUUUCCGAAAUGUACAGAACUGUGACUGUCUAAAUAGGUGAUAACAACUGUUUCCAAAGUCCUACUUUGUCAUGGUUAAGAGUUGGUGGCAGAUGUUCUAGUUUCCGAAAUGUACAGAACUGUGACUGUCUAAAUAGGUGAUAACAACUGUUUCUAAAGUCCUACUUUGACAUGGUUAAGAGUUGGUGGCAGAUGUUCUAGUUUCCGAAUUGUACAGAACUGUGACUGUCUAAAUAGGUGAUACAAAAGUCACUGUUUUGAAAGUAAUUUUGUCAUUGAGAACUUGAGGAGUCGGUGAUACAUCUGUUUCCAAAGGAAUUGUGUUAUUAUGAGCAAGAGGAGCCAUAAUGUUCACCCAACAUGUUGACUGUUUAAAAUAGGUCAUACAUUUAUUUCGAAAAUAAUUCUGUAGCUUGGUGCAAAAACUACCAAUGUCAUUUUUUUCAAAAAUGAGUUUAAUACACUAAUACAUAAUAAUAAAACAAAGAUAUUGUCAAAUUCCACUAAAAAUUUAUUAAAAACUUUAAAACAGCUGUCCAUUGUCAAAUUCCACUAAAAACAUUAGUGAAAUUUGACAAUAUCUUUGUUUUCUUAUUAUGGAGAGAUUUCACAACAUCACCAUCAAUUCUACUAAUUUUAUUACACUAAUACAUCAUUAAUAUAGAUUAUUUUCAGUUCCAGAAGUGCCCAUGUCCUAUCUCAAAGCAAUAAAAAGUUAUAAAAUUUAUACUAC